UAAAAUACGCGCGAAACACUUCAAACUCUUUAAAAUUUACGAUUCGUGCAAGCGCCUUCGCGACAUGGGGGCACGACAAAGACAAAACAUAUGUCAUUCCGUCUGCCUUUGAUGGAAACGCUCGCCACUCAUUGCUUAGAUAGGGAGUCAGCGAUAUAGGAGAUAGUAUAUAUAUGGGUACGAUAAUUAAUUAACACACUGUAUAAAAAUGUUCGUACCAGAGUUAGGUCUCAGGUAGAUCUUAGCUAAGAAUUUGUAGUGGAAUCUGCUGUGAUUCGACUUUCCUGGAAUCUGCUCUAUGCGGAUGACAUCGUCCUUAUCGCCAAAAUUCCAACCGAACCUCAAAGCACACUCUCCCUAUGAAUUAAUAUUUGUGCGGUACUCAAGGUGAGCAGAUCAAAGACGAAGCAAUUGAAAUGCGGUUUUGGUCAAAGCUCAGCUAGUAAAGCUACCAUUUAUUACCCUAAUGAAACACCAGUCCCAAGCAAAUCGCACAAUAUAAGUAUCUGGGAUCUGUGAUCUCUAAUAAUGCAGAUGUGGAAGCCGACGUGGAGCAUAGAGUCGGCGUGGUCUGGCAGAAAUGACAUUCCUUAAGUUGAGUGCUAUACGACCGGAAGAUGCUAUAUGUAUGCAACAACUUCAUACGACCGGAAUCAAACUGUUACGAUGGUCGGGAGGAGUGACAAGUCUAGACAGGAUUCGGAAUAAAUAUGUUUGCGACAACUUCAAGGUAGCUCCUGUGCUUGAGAAACUUACGGAGAGUUGCCUCAGAUGGUAUGGCCACGGUAUGCACAGAGACGUUAUUUUAAGAAAAGUCUCCUGGAAGAAGAGGGCGACUGCCUUCUACUUGAUGGACUAGCGUGACCAGGACCUUAAAUGAGACAGAAUGUUGUGGCGCAGAAAUAUUAGGCGAGCCACUCUACGGAAAGGGGAAUGAGCAAAGAAGAUUUUCAAAAAAUUGUUAUAAAUAAUGUUUUAAUAAAUCGUUAUAAUAUCAUAACCAUUUAUAAAGCAACUUAUAACCUUUUCAAUGAAAGACUAUUUUCCAAAAUAUGUUUUAGUUAUUGAGAUACCAAAAUGGAAAUUCAAUCAAGUUAUUCCACUUAUUUAAAUUGAUAAGAUAAGCAUCAAUAUAAACAUUUUGAUAUACAACAAUUAACUUAUCGUCAUUGCACAAAAUAUUUACAGUUUUCAUCUUAGUUUUCAUCAUACUUUUUUUAUCAUUAAACCCCAAUUGUUUCAAAAAGAUAAAAUUCCAAAUAAAUCCCAGACAAAGAAAUAACAUCGUAUAUACAGAGCGGAAUAAAAGUUUAGAUAACGUCGAACUCAAUUCAAAUUGGCUUGAAAUAGGUUUCUCAAUAAAUUUUGUUUCUAAUAUUUCAUACCUCUUGCCUGUUAAAUUUCUUCCUAUAAAGAUAGAUCCAAUUAAAUGAGUUCCGCCUAUACACAGGAUUAAGAUGGGUACGGUAUACAUAGGCUAUUCUAAUUGAAAAUCCAAAGUGUCAAGUCGUUUCCAGACUUUUGUUCCACACUGUAUAAAACAAGGGUAAUUAUAAUGAACUGAAUAGUACAAUAAAAAAUGAUUAACAAAAAAAUGUAUCUGUAUAAAUAAACCAAAUCAACUACAUGAAAAUACAUAAAAAGAUAGCUAAAAUGAGAUUUAAUUUACGAUAAUAUUUUGAUAAGUCCCCACUUUCUACUUUUCAAAACACUACUUAAAUGAGCACCCAUAACUUUUCUCCUAGUAUAAAGAGUUCUUUAAUAACUAUUUAACAAAAAAAUAAAUUAAUAAUAAAAUGAAAAUUGAAAAACCCGAUAUUGUCGAAGACAUAAUUAAUCAAGUUGUUAAAAGUGAAAAUAUUAAGAAUCCAACAGAAAUAUCAGUUUCGCGAGGCUCUCAAGAUGGUGACGGUUACGCUUCGAAAACUUACGCGAUUUCUAUUAAAAAUGAUUUUGGAAAAGACAUCAAACUUUUCGUUAAAUACUUACCGGAGGAUAUAAAAUUAGAAUGGAAGAAUGCUUUUUUUGAAGCUUUCUAUACAGAGAAUAGCUUUUACGCGGAAAUUUACCCAUCUUUUAAUCAAUUCGAAAAAAGUAAAAAUAUUAAAGAACCAUUUAACAACGUACCGAAACAUUUCAACACGAAAGUGAGAAAUGGUGAAACUCCACCAAUUGUUUUGGAAGAUUUAAGAAGUUUAGGGUACACUUUAAGAGAUCGAAAGAAACCAAUUGAUGAUGCGCAUUUAAUUUUACCUAUAAAAGCAUUUGCUAAGUAUCACGCUAUUAAUUAUGCAAUGAAAGAUCAACUACCUGAAGUAUAUAAAAAAUUAGCUACUUAUCCCAAAGAUAUGUUAGGUAAAAAUUUUGUGGCAUUUGAAAUGGACGUAAUGAUUAAAAGAUGUGUUGAUCAAGUUACGGGCAGUUUUAAUCCCGUUUUGGAUAAAGAAAUCAUGAAACAUUGUGCAAAUUUAAAUGAGAGAUUAAUCGAUUAUAUGAUGAAUAUAUUAAGUGAUUAUGAUGAGUAUUUUAUUAUCACGCAAGAAGAUUGUUGGUCCAACAAUAUGAUGUUUCGCUAUCAAGAAGAAACCGGUUUACCAAUUGACGUAAAAUUAAUAGAUUGGCAAUUUCAAAAGAUUGCAUCACCACUUUUCGAUUUUUCUUAUUUCUUUUACACAUUAGCUACGAAAAAAGAACUUGAUAACGCCGAAUAUUACUUGAAACUUUAUUACGACACUUUAUCGCAACGAAUAGCCGAAUUAGGAAGUGAUCCAGAGAAACUUUAUCCUUAUCAUAUAUUUAGAGAUCAUUGGAGAAAAUAUUCAAAGUUUGGAUUGUGUAUGGCUUUUUUUAUCGUUAAAGCCCAAUUGUUUGAAAAAGAUGAAAUUCCAAAUGUGUUAAAUCCGGAUAAGAUAAGUCCAACAGAUGCUUUUUCCGUCGUAUUAAAAAGCCAAGAUGUUUUUGUUAAAAGAUUGAAAGACCUUUUAGAGUAUUUUAUAUGCCACGAGUUAUUAUAACUUAAUUUUUAAUAAACAAUGCGCUAACAAAAAUAGUCGUUUUAUAUAGAUUCAUUAGCAUAGAUUAAAAUUAUGAGAAAUAUGAUGAA